AUGGACCACCACUGUCCCUGGCUAGCAACUUGCGUCGGGCUACAUAAUUACAAAGCUUUUCUCCUUUUUCUGAUCUACACCUCGCUGUUCUGUUGGGUAUGCUUCGGUGUGGCGGGCACGUGGACCUGGCAGGAAGUCCUCGACGAUACGGUGUACAUGGACAACUUCCUGCCAGUCAACGUAGUCCUACUAGCCAUUCUUGGUGGAAUCAUCGGCCUAGUUUUGACUGGAUUUACCGCCUGGCAUAUUAGUCUCGCAGUGCGCGGAACUACCACCAUCGAGUGUCUGGAGAAGACGCGGUAUGUUUCACCGCUACGCAAAGCACUUGAACGACAGCGAUUCGACAAUGAGUCUGGACCCAACGGCUUCAAUGGCGACGCGUCAGAGGAAACUUUCGCCCACCGGCUCCAGGGAUACGGGAACCAGAUCAUUGAUGCGCACGCCAAUGCCAUUCCGGGUGUGACCCGUGCGGAAGAAGGCGAAGAGCGCCUCUCACCCGCGCCCUAUGGUCCAGGCCAAGGACCGAACGUCCACCAUGCAGACCUGCAAAACAACCCUAACAACCUCUCCCCAGCCCAGCAGGCUCUCUCCCGCUCAUACGCGGACAUGGAGCGUCAGCGCGAACACGACCGGUACCAGCAGUAUCUCAACGAGGAGGACAGCGAGAAAACACCUAGCGCAUUCGACCACGGCUGGCGCCGAAAUCUUCUACACCUCUUUGGCGACCGUCCCCUCCUCUGGGCUAUUCCCGUCUGCACAACCACUGGCGACGGCUGGCGCUGGGAACCUAGUCCCCGUUUCCUCGAAGCCCGCGAACGCCUCCGUCUCCGCCGUGCACAGGAGGCGCGUGAUGAACAGCAAUAUCUCCGCGAUCUAUACCAACGAAACAUGAAUAAUAGCCACGCCUGGAUUGGCGGAGCUGGCGCUGGCGCUGGCACCGACAACAUGAACGCCGGUACAGGUACCAGCGUGUCCCCAGCCCAGCCCAGCUGGAUCGCUAACCGCAAUCGCCAAGAGGCACACGAACGUCCACCAACUAGCGUUUCGAUGCAGACGCUCGCGCCCGCAUCACCCCGCCCUCGGCCAGGCGAUAGCGACUUCGAAGAUGAGCCCGAUGUUGAAAGCAAUGGACUUUUAGAUCCGGAGGCUGCAGCUCGUCCUGCGCGUGCGCGGGAUACGGAUGAGUGGCGUGAUUGGGAAUGA